GAUGGCAAGUCCCCAUGAUGUCUGCAAAAAACACAUACAGGUCCCCACAACAUGAGUAAUACCUGGACAUAAGCACACACAACAGUAGAGAAUGUAGAAUGUUCCUGGUAGAACGGUCAGAUGUUCCUGGAUCCACUGAUACAUCACCUCUAAUUGUGACAUUCCAUAGUAGAUGUUCUGAGACUAACUAUAUAACCCAGCACCCUUCAGUAAUACACUGAUCUGACUGAGAGAAAGUACUCAAGGUUGUUUCUACUUGUGGAAAAUUUAACUGCAUUUUUCUUGAAGAAAUGGAUAAUAAGGAAUCAUCAAACAUCUUCCAUCGAUUUUGGAAGUGGACCCUGAUGGCUUGCGAUGGUGGUGAUCUAACUGGAAGCCCAUGUACAGAGGAGAGCCACGAUGGCUUCACCAGUGAGUCCAGGAUUGUGGACAUACAGAGGGCUGAGCAAGCACAGAGGGCUGCAUUAACUCAGCGUGCAGAGAGACUGUGUAACGCUGAGAAAGCCCGGGCUGAUUCUGUUCUGGAGAGACUAGGACUUUCCGUUGGGGAUGCCACCCUGCCUUCACCUCAACCACCAGCUCUUCCCCGAAGGAGCAGAAAAUCCUCAGUGAGAGGACGGAGGAUCAGCCCUCUUUUAGAUGGACCUCGUUUGAACGUGGAGGACGUCGACAGAAACCAGAAGAUUUGGAAUGAGGAGGAAAACUGCUGGGACCAAGUGCACCUCGGCAGUCAAACUGCACUUGCUUUUAAGGAGGCUUCAAUGGGAGACGAAGACAGGAGCCCGGUGGCUUCCAUCAGUUCUGUGUACAGCCUCAGCUCUGUAGAUACUCACACUCCCAGUGAGCUGAGAGCCAUUUCCCUGAUUGAAAGCCCUAUUGAAGUGUCACCUACUCCACCACAAGCUGUUCCUCUGCCCAGGAGAAGAGCAUCUCGUCUGCCUGUGCUUUCUGCCAAAUUCACCAGACAAGACAAGGAGGAAAGCGAUAGAUUCAGGCUCCAGACGGCAAAAAAUAAGGUCGAGGCUAUUGUGGAAACACUGGAGCGCUUCCAUGUCAACUCCCACCCCUCACCUCGACCCCCAGCGGCUGCAAAGAAGACCCCUAGGACCUCUGUGGUGAAACCUUUGGUUCCAACCCCUCCAAAGGAUGCCCAAACAAAGAGGAGAGGAUCUCGACCUGGGACAUUCCUGCACCCUGCAAAGGCUGCCAGUGGGGCAGGCAAGAAGACAGUCAGAAACAGCUCCAAGACUGCAAAUGCUACAACAGUUGAGCGACAGCGGCUGAGGAACCCUGUGGAGAGCCUGUCCCUCUGCUUUAAGCUGCUAGCCUCAGAUGACUGGAAGAAGAAAAUGGAUGCGUUGGAAACCAUUCAAGCUCUGGCACAGCACCACUCAGGGACCCUGAAGACCAAACUCCACGAAGUGUGUCUGGUCCUCAUUGAGGAGGUGAAAAACCUGCGCUCUGCAGUGGCCUGUGCAGCUAUGAACACCGUGGCUGAGCUAUACGUACACCUGCAGAAAGCCAUGGACCCAGAGGCAGAAAGAACCGGCCGAGCCCUGCUACUGAAACUGGCACAAACUACUAAUGCCUUUAUUCAUCAGCAGGCCAAUCUGGCUUUAGACGCAAUGGUUGAAAACUGCAGCCAUGGUCGGAUUGUGACCACUCUGUUGAACACAGGGAUGAACCACCGUUGUGUUGCAGUACGGGCGAGUAUGGCACAACACCUGCACCAGCUCGCUGACAAGCUUGGAGUGGACUGCAUCAUGACAGCAGGAAAGAGCUUCACCGAACGCUUCGUCACUGCUGUUUCCAAAAUGUCAGUGGAUGCUGCGUCAGACGUCAGGCACCAUGGACAGAGCAUCCUCCAGGACCUGGUACUUCAUGGGGACUUUCUGCACCUGUGGACGAAGAUCAUCCCGGAAAAAGACAGACGGCCCCUGGACAAGAUCUUGAAGAAGACCAGGAAAUAACCCCCCCCCCCCAACACCACCACCACCCCGCCCUCU